AUGGGCAUGAUCAUUGACACAGACGACGAAGCCGAAUGGAUAGUGCCACAAGUCCAGAGUGUGGCAGACUUCGAGUUGUGCCGGGCAGUCAAAGAGCGAGGUCGCCCAACAGGUGUCUACGAACUAUUGGAUGAGAGCAUGGUUGUCAAGAAUACACUCGCGAACUGGGAUGCUGUCUUUGUGCGGUUCAAGAAUACCAAUGGCGAGCUGCUCCCCAUCAAGGUUUUGUUGCCUCCGGUCCUGGACGAAGAGGAGGACGAAGCGGAGCUGGCGGCGGCGCGGAAGGGAAAGCGCAAAGCUCCCCCCGAAACCCAAUGA